AUGCCGCAAAUCCGAUUGGCAAACGCUCGCAUUAAGCAAAAUAUCGGGUUCAUGAGUAACACGCCUUCUCGUAUCAUCUACAUGGAUGAUGGGUUCUCGGUAACCCAUGCUGGUAUGAUAUCACUCCUCGAUAGCCAAACCCAUCCGGCUCAUGGAGAAACGAGCAUUCUCAAGAUGAAAACCACUAUUGAUGCGAUCCAGAAUCCCACUCGUCGUGCAUUGACGUCGCGAUUUGACUGGCGACCGUUUUUGAAACGUGGUGGUGCUGAGAGACGUAUCGCUGAGAUUGGCGCUCGACCCAGGAUGAAUGGUGUAAGCGCUUUUACUGUCACUUUCGAUCGAGUGACACGAAGUGACGUCAUCAGUGCUAAAUCCGAACAUGAGACAUUGCGUUUGAGCUAUACUGAUAACGGAGAAUUGGAGAGCAUAGCUCAAGAAGGAGUGAUGGAUUUGGAACCGGCAUAUCGUCUAGCAAAUCUGAGCAUCCACCAUGAUUCGUUGGGUAAAAGAAAUGAGCUGAUUUGGGGUAAUCGUACUACUCAAGUUACCUACGAUCGGCAAAAUCGUAUUGUUGAACGUACAGUGAAGGGCGGAGUCACUGCGAAAUUUAUGUAUACCAAGGAGUUACGCCAUCCAAGUACUGUAGAGUUGCCAGUAGGAUUGAAAUACUCGUUGAAGUUUGAUUCUCGUGGACGUCUCCGUGAAAUAACGACACCAGCAGCAGAAACUCACCAUUUUUCUGCAACCCCUUUUGGAAGUGGAUUAGUGAUCAAAAGAAGGAUACCAUUUACCAAAAAAGCCUUCGUAGCGGCUGAGGACAGUGAUGGAAAAUUGUUGGAGUGGGUGACCGCGGACGAACAACAUCAUGUUCUUCGAGAAUACGAUCAAUAUGGACGAGUUGUCAGGGAGAUGUAUGAUGGAAGCACGACUAAAUAUGUCUAUCAAGCGGACCAUGCUGUAGCAGUCACGUCACCUGAGCAUACUACCGUACAGCCAUGCAAGAAAUUCAAGCCUAAAUCACCUGGAGAAGCACGAAAAAAUAGUAUAGCGACAGCUCACCUAGAGCCGCCCCCCAAUGGAGCCUGCUAUGUUGGUCGUUUACCAGAUGAAAUUGUCGAUCCACCAAUCCUCAUCAGCUCAUCAGUGCAAGUCAUCGGUGCAAGCUCUCAGUGUCCCAUCAACAAGGCAGUCGUGGUAGAGCAGCGUAAUGAUACGACUGUGACUCUAGUAGAAGGCUCAACUGGCGCUUGUAUAGGCUAUCUGACGCUGAGAUUCAACCCUGACAAGGCACCUUCAGCUGUACCACAUCUGCAACACUACGCCCUUCAGGUGACAGAAGAAGCUUCGCCAGUGAUUGAUCGCUGCCACAUCAAUUCGACAUCCUCUGUUGGAGCAGCUGUUUGUGUGAAACGUACUGCGGCAAAACCUAAGGUGAGGCACCGUACAAUCACUGAUUGCGAGAAUGUUGGACAGCAUACUCAUAACAAUCCUAGCAACAUUUUUGACAACAUUCAUUUCAACGUGCUCUCCGGAAUUAUGAUAGUAGUAUUCGUCAUAUUGCUUUCCACGCCAGCGGUUGCACAGGCGGUGGACCGAGAUUUCAAAUUCUUCAGAGAGCGCAGAGAAAACGCGUCCUCUAUGAGGUAG